AUGGCUACUGACUCUACUAAGAACGCUGAUGUUCCCAAGGAACAGUCGAUUCCCGACAAGAAGAAUGCUCCUGAAACUGCCGAGCACUCAUCUGCAGAGCUUAACAAGAACACCACCGACAUGACAACCAGUGUCAACAAGGACGACAAAACCGUUGAUGUGAAGAAGAGUCGGCGCAAAGUAUUGGAUGAGCAUUACAGCAAGCUCGCCAACACCACUCCGGAGGAAUUCCUCACCAAGAACCCUCAUCCCAAGGAUGUUUCCACUUCCAUGAUGCUUUCAUCCGAGGCCCACCAGCAAAUGACUAAAGUAGAGGAUGAUGAUAUGGCGUACCUGGAGCACUACUACGACAAUGGAAAGCUGUCAGAAUACGACCUCUUGGAGUUGGGGGCCAGGGAAAUGUAUCUGUAG